AAUUGGAGAAUCAGAAUCUCAUUUGGUAGUCUAAUAUCUCUGUGGGACGGACUACUCAGAAAAACAAAACAAAACAAAAAACAAAAAUAAAAUGUCUUCGUCGAGGUCUCAGAGAUCCACCACCACCAUCUUCCCUUUCCGAUCAAGAAAACCACCAGUUCCGGUGGCUGCUACUCCGCCUUCUUCUUCAAAAUCUGCUGGUGCUCGUCCUACAACUCCUUCUUCUACUUCUUCUUCUCGUCCACCACAUAAACUCUCACCAUCUCCUUCUGAAAUCAGUAAGCCGAAGGAAAACGUCACUGUCACUGUUAGGUUUCGACCUCUCAGUGCUAGAGAAGUAAAGAAAGGGGAUGAGAUUGCUUGGUAUGCUGAUGGAGAUUACACUGUUAGAAAUGAGUACAAUACUUCAAUUGCUUAUGCCUUUGAUAGGGUAUUUGGUCCAGCAACAACUACACGCCAAGUUUAUGAUAUAUCCGCCCAGCAAAUUGUCAGUGGCGCCAUGGAAGGAAUUAACGGCGCAGUAUUUGCUUAUGGUGUUACUAGUAGUGGAAAGACUCAUACGAUGCAUGGAGAACAAAAAUCACCUGGAAUCAUUCCAUUAGCAGUGAAGGAUGUCUUUGGGAUUAUACAAGAGACACCUGGGAGGGAGUUUCUUCUUCGUGUUUCGUAUCUGGAGAUAUACAAUGAGGUUAUUAACGACUUGCUUGAUCCAACUGGGCAGAACCUACGAAUACGAGAAGAUGCUCAGGGAACUUAUGUAGAAGGAAUGAAAGAAGAAGUUGUUUUGUCGCCUGCACAUGCUCUUUCUUUGAUAGCAUCUGGUGAAGAGCAUAGACACGUCGGUUCUAAUAAUUAUAAUUUACUUAGCAGUCGGAGCCACACUAUCUUCACGUUGACAAUCGAAAGCAGUUCGCGAGGUGAUAAUCACAUGGAGGAAGAUGUAGCUUUAUCCCAAUUGAAUUUAAUUGAUCUUGCAGGGUCUGAAAGUUCUAAAGCUGAAACGAUUGGGCUGCGUAGAAAAGAAGGUUCAUACAUAAAUAAAAGCUUGCUUACACUUGGCACUGUGAUAUCCAAACUAACUGAUGCCAAAUCUACACAUAUUCCAUAUCGAGAUUCUAAACUGACACGUGUGUUGCAGUCCUCUCUUAGUGGUCAUGGACGGGUUUCACUUAUUUGUACUGUCACUCCUGCCUCAAGCAAUACCGAGGAGACACACAACACACUUAAAUUUGCCCAUCGUAGCAAGCAUGUGGAAAUUAAAGCUUCUCAAAAUAAGAUACUGGAUGAGAAAUCUGUAAUUAAAAAGUAUCAGAAGGAAAUUACUAGUUUAAAAGAAGAGCUGCAGCACUUGAAGCAGGGAGCAACGGAGAAACCUUAUGCUGUUGCUUCCAACCCGGAAGAUCUUGUUAGUCUGAAGCUUCAGACCGAAGCUGGUCAAGUUAAAUUGCAGUCACGAUUAGAAGAGGAGGAGCAAGCUAAGGCAGCUUUAAUGGGGAGAAUUCAACGGCUGACAAAGCUAAUCUUGGUUUCCACAAAAAACACUUUAUCAUCAAGUACCCCUCAAAAGACGGGUUAUAGACAAAGACACUCCUUGGGAGAAGACGAGCUAAUAUAUUUGCCGGAUAAAAAACGAGAGUACAUUAUUGACGAUGAUGCCACUAGUAUGGAUUCAGAAUUUUCAGCAGAAGCAAGGUAUGAUGCCAACAAUGUCGAUGAGUUGGUCAAACGUGAUAAGAAGAGCAAAAGGCAUGGGAUGCUUGGAUGGUUUAAACAGCGGAAGCCGGAGAACCUUUCUGGAUUAUCAUCUAGUGAAAGCUCCGUUGGUGGCUCACCAGCAACGUCUUCGAAGUCAUCACAACAUAAAGUAUUAGUGACUGACAUGAGGGAUGGACAGAGAAUGUCUGUUGGCAGAAGAGGGGAUGAUCCUUCGGUAGCAGACACAUUUCGUGAAAGAAACCAAGCGGGUGACUUGUUUAGUGCAACUGUACCAUCGACUGGAACUACAAUUACAGAUCAAAUGGAUCUACUCCGCGAGCAGGUAAAAACGUUAGCAGGGGAGCUAGCCUUGUGUAUCAGUUCUUCUAGAAGGUUGUCAGAGCAAGCAGCUAGUGACCCCGAAGAUUUGCAUCUUCAGGACCAAUUGCGGAAGCUUAAGAAUGAAAUCAGUGAGAAGCAGGGCCAUAUGCAUGAACUUGAACAACUGAUGCUUGGGUCUAUUGAGUCUACACCACGUGCAUCAAAUAACAUUGAGAUGUCUCAGGCACUGUCAAAAUUUGCUACUCAACUAAAUGAAAAGACAUUCGAUCUUGAGAUUAAAUCAGCAGAUAACCGAAUACUUCAAGAACAGUUGCAGAUGAAGAUGUCUGAGAAUGCUGAGAUGCAGGAAACCGUGCUUCUGCUAAGACAACAGCUUGAUUCUUUGUUAGUUAACAACUCUGGCCAGGCAGGUAAUCUGGUUGCAUCCACGAAUUGUUCCUCAGAGCAGUCUCGAGAAAAUAGAGAAUCAAAAGUUGAAAUUGGUUCAUAUGAAGAAGGCUCAAGUAGGUGCAAGUGCAAUACUGAUAAGUCUUUGAGUUCUCAAGUCCUCAAGCAAGAUGCUGAAAUAAAGAAUCUUAAGCAAGAUAAUGCGAAGCUUACUGAAGAAAGGGAUGGAUUUGCAACGGACAACCAAAAUCUGGCCGAGGAAGCCUCAUAUGCCAAGGAGUUGGCUUCAGCAGCUGCUAUUGAGCUUAGAAAUUUGGCAGAAGAAGUAACUAAACUUUCCUAUGAGAACGCAAAAUUGACUGGCGAAUUGGCUGCAGCAAAAGAAUCAGCUUACUGUAGAGCUAAUGCAUUAUCGAGAAAUCCAGAGGAUGGGAUGUUAAUUGAGGAGUUGCAGAACGAGCUUAUUGCGAGAUACCAAAGAGAAGCUUCUUUGGAGGCUGCUUUAUCUGAGAGAAUCAGAAGAGAAAGCGAGCUGGAGAAAAGAUUGGAUGAAGCAAAGCAACAUGAAGAAGAUUUAGAAAAUGAACUUUCAAACAUGUGGUUGCUUAUCGCAAAAAUGAGGAAAACUAGCAUUGAUCCUGAAGAUUCGUACCUGGAGGGGGAACAAAAAAUAAAUGUUCCCCUCAAAAGCGCACAAAACGAAUACCCUUCCUCAAAUCAUGCCCGAAAUGGAACUUCCGAACCUGGCGUAAGUUGUGGCUACAUGGAGGAAUUAAGUACAUUGGAAGAAACAAGAGCUGGCUAUGAAACAGAAAAGAGAAGGUGUAGAGAGCUAGAAAGCAUUAUUUCCAAAUUAAAGGGCCAAGAUCUCAAUGGCCUAGAUAUUGCUGCUCUUGAAGAACUUCAGGACCUUCAUGUUGAGGCAAUCACAAAGAUUUGUCAUGCGAAGUGUGCAAAUCAUGUCUUAUAGCAUUUCAAGGUUACACUACACCACCAACACUUAGAGGAAUAAGGGUUUUGGGAGGUUUGAUGAGCAACUGUACAGUCAUGCAUGUAUAAAGCUAACCAGAAUAAUCCACCAACUAAAUCGGUUAACUCGGUUCAGUAGUACCUAACUCCUUUUCAUCUCUCUCAAUUAGGGGCAAAACACCAAAACAACAUGUACUGACAUUUUUUAUUUUCAUUCAUUUAUUUAUUUUUGCUACUAUAUGUAAUCAACAUAAUUCUACAAUGUCUGACAAUUAUUUGCACAUGUACAACUUUUUAUGUAAAGCAGAACAACAAAAGCUCAUGUCCCCAUUUUUACACUGUCCUCCUAUGUGAGAGAGCUGCUCCA